CUGUCAAAUAAGAAUCGGAAUGUAACUCAAUUUUUUGUUACAAAAAUUACAAAAGAUAUUUGACAACAAAAGUUUCGCAACAAAUUGAUAAAGAAAUACUUCGAUUGUUAUAGUACCAGUAAACUCUGGCAAAGCGAUAGACGCGUAGAUAUGGAUACCAAUGCUGAAAAGAAAUAUUUUUUCGAAGCGCUAUCUUUAUUUUAUGAAACGCAAUGGCUUAAUAAUAUAGCAGUAACCGAGAUCUUGACUAAAGCAUCUUUAGAUGCAAUCCCCAAAAAAUGGAUUGAACAUUUACAAAUUUUGGAAAAUGAUGAAUUCAAUGAUAUCAUAGCAAGAAGGGCAAUAAAGCCUGAAUGGCCCGAUUCGUUAAAAAAGUACGUUGAGAAAUGUCAAAAUAUUAAUAGACUGUCACCCAUACAGAUAUCACUUUCUAAACUAGAAUUACCACAGAAAUUUAAAAUUGGUCUUAGUCGAAAGAAACAACAUGAAAUAAUACAUUUUGCUCACUUAGUGCACAUGCAAUGCAAGUUGCACAAUAUACAAACAAUCAUCGAUUUGGGUGCAGGUUUGGGAUACAUAUGCCAAAUUUUACAUUAUUUGUAUGGCUACCAAGUCCUGGGUUUGGAAAAAGAUAUAGAAAACGUGAACAGAGCAUGUAUUAGACAAGAAAAGUCGCAUCUCGAUUCUUUGACUAAAGUUAAAUACAUCCAUUGCAACGUGACGCGUGAUUCCGCUGAUACGAUAGAAUCUAUCUUACAGCAAGAAUUCCCUGGCUUUACGAAUGUGUGUCUAAUCGGUUUGCAUGCCUGCGGAGACUUAAGUGCAAACGCAUCAAGAAUUUUCUGCAAAAUAAAGUCUAUUAAGCUAUUUAUUCUAAUCUCUUGCUGUUAUCACAAACUUUCUAUUUCCAAGAAUGUACACACUCCGUUGCAGAAGAAACAAUAUUUUCACAAUUUUCCCACAUCGAAUUGUCUACGAGAAACGAUCGCGGCGCACAAUUUUGACAUAGGCCAAUUCUUAAGAAUACCCUUUCUGCGAUUAGCGUGUCAAGAAUCGGCGGAUAAAUGGUAUGGCAUGUCCAAAGAAAAGCAUGACGAACAUUCCUUUCACGUUCUCGCUCGAGCCGUGCUCGAGUUAUAUUCGCAACAAAAUAAUCUUGUUCUUAAGAAAAAAGUUCAGAAAGGUACGAGGAAGUCCCAAUGUUCGAGUUUUCAAACUUACGUUAAGGACUCGUUAUUAAGAUAUGAUCUGGUACCGGAUACGAACGUAAAGUUUACAGGUAAUGUGAUCGUACACGAUGAAUUAGAGAAAGGCAUAACACAAGUAUGGGAGGAACAAAGUCAAAAAUUAGAAAUUGUUAAAAUCUACUCUGGUCUGCAAAUGAUGCUACAACUCCCGGCAGAGUCAUUGAUUCUACAGGAUCGAUUAUCCUGGUUACACGAACAAGGCCUAGAAGCUGUAAUUGUGCCUGUGAUGAACAAAUCUAUAUCUCCUCGUUCAUACGCAAUAGUGUCUCAUAAAAACUGA